GCAUGUGGGUCUGUGCGUGGGUGUGUCUUAAAGUUGCUUUCUUAACAGGAGACAAGCUGUCUCCAGUGACUUGACCGGUCCAGAAAGAAAGGUGGACAAGUCUGCAGGAUUCCCUCUUGAGUCUUCUACACAUCAAACAUGAUGACAAAGAAAAAAAUGAAGGAAGCAGCAAUUGGUUUUGCACUAGGAGCAGUGGGAGGCUCCAUAAUGGCAGCCAUAGACGAGCCCGUUGACAGCACCCUGGCUGCAAUGACCACAACGAGUCAACUGAAACCGCUGAUCGAAGACAUCAGGACAGUGGGUGCUCUCGGACUGGGCACUCUCAUGGGGGCUUCUGCCCUGACCAUUGCCAUGACCUCAGUUGUAGCUGGUGUUGUCCUAGCAGCGGUGGUAGCUUCGCUCUUCGUCACCACAAGGAAUUGUGGGGCAAGUCAAACGAAUUACGCAAACUUGUGGGUAAAUGCAGGACUUGCCGGUGCCCUCGGGACCACAGUCAGUGGCGGCACACUGGGCUUUUUUAUUGAAACGAUUGUGAAUAAUUUUGGCAUGACUGGUCUUCUGUUUGCACUGUGUGUAUUUAGCAUCCUCAAACCACCUCUUCGCUUUGUAUUUAACAUCCUCUGGCAGCAAGGCGAGGCCUGUUGCACUCAAACGUCUACAGUUUGGGACACAGAAAGGAAAGAGUUAGAGAUUUCCGAUUUAGAGCAAAGAGAAAGGGUCGCUGUGCAAAUAGAGGAGAGGAUCCUAAAUAAUGGGAGGAGCGCCACUGACGUCAAAGACAUUACGACAUGGGCCACUGAGCGGAAGAUGCGAGAAGGACUAGAGAGGAAGAAGAUGGAGGCUGAAGAGGCAGAGGUCAAACAACGGACUCUCCAAGACUGGAUCAAAACUGUGAUGAUCAAAUAUGUGGACUUUUUGGCUUUUUCAGGAAUUCCAAUGACUGUGGUUGCUGUUGUAACAUCAUUAUUUGGCUUAUUUGGGUAUGGGGGCCACCAUUCUGUGUUCAUUGUACUGGUAGCUUUAGUCGCAAUCAUUGGCUAUUUGAUUCUAAAGUCGUCUGAUUUUAAGUUCUGGAUGUUGAUAGGAUGCAUGGGAAUGCUCGCAACGUUCGUUAUCGCCAUGCUCACCGUGCAAGCUGGAGACGUGAUCAGGAAUCAGAAAAGGCAACCGCAGGACGUAAACAGCGACAGCAUCAUCGAACGCAUGAGUGACCUUUCCAGUCGAGAAGCUUUGAAAACAGCAAUUAUCGCGGCAAAACUUUGCCAGCUGAGUUUGGGAGCUGCAGUCGGGGGCCCUCUGGUGAGGCAUGCAGCUGGAGAGGGCAAAGUCAUCAUAGGGGCUGCGAUCAUUUCCGUCGUUUUACUAGCCGGGGUAGAGAUUUUGUCCCCAGCUCUGGGAAAAGGUGGGAAAGCCGGGGCACUGCUGGGGGCGGUGGGCACUUCCGGAGUGUCUAUCGGUGCAGUGGUAGCCAUGGCGGCCGAGUGUACGUCAUGGCUACGCACUUCGGGAGCUGUAGCGGGUGUGAUUAUUGGCACACUCGUCAUGGGUAAUUCACAUUUUGUCUUGAUUGGAGUACAACUUUUUGUCGCCUACGUCUUUGCUAUGACUAAUGCUUUCUGAAGCAGAAGAUGUAACGUUAAAUUUCCUACUGUGAAAACAUAAACAGUGUGGGCAUGCAAGUUCUGAAUGGUAAAACCCAUUUGAAGUAACUGCGCUACAAAGAAUACUAUUCAUGCAAAGAAUGCAGUUCACAUUCAUCAUGUUGGUCAUAGACAAAUAUAGAGUACUAAAAGUUUGGGUAGCGAAGUUGAAUACAGUAAUCUUAUUUCCAAGAAAACGUGUAUAGACAUUUAUUGAUCAAAUUGAUGAUGGGUGAAGAAAAAAAAUCAUUGGAAAAAAUCUUAAUAAUAAUCUAUAGAAUAUUCAGUCAUUAUUUGUUAAAAGUAUAAUUUAGCAUUUCAGCACAUUUAUAACACAAAGAAUGACCUACGUGACUUUCAUCAAGCCAAGCAUGUUUUAAGCAAAACCAGCAUUGGAGUAUCUUAUCUUGCAAGAAAUUGAAUGAAAACUGUUGUGUUAUAAAAAACAAAACAAUAUGUGACAAAAACUGAAUGCUUAAAAUGCAUGUUUUUUUUCAUUCUGAAAUAAAUAAAAGUUUUUUACCACUG